CGUGAAGGGACAAGGCAUGCUUGUAGCCCGAAUCCGGAGGCUCCCCAGGAAGCAGGCUCCGUGAGGCGAGAGGUUAAAGUGGGAUCAUGGGAGGGAAGCAGGUCAAAUGCCUCACAUCACCCAGUCCUAUCCAUAGCACAAAGAGUGAAUCCACUGUAACCCACUCGGAGGAGAAAGUGGAAUUUAUCAUCCACGCUGAAGAAGCAGAGGCUAAAAGAGAAGAGACAGAAUCUCAAUUUCAGCCAGAGUGGAAGGCAGGAAGCCCUGGGUCAUAUCUGGAGAAUUCAUGGGAGGAACAGCUUUUGGAACAGCAAGACCAUUUGGAAAAGGAAAUGGAGGAAGCAAAGAAGAUGAUUUCGGGCUUGCAGGCUCUACUGCUAAAUGGGUCUUUGCCUGAGGAUGAGCAGGAAGGUUCCUUUGUACUUUGUGAACAUGGAGCCUGCCCUGAAGAGCAGCUGAUCAUAAUUCGAAGUCGUCUGGACCAGAGCAUGGAGGAAAACCAAGACCUAAAGAAGGAGCUACUGAAGUACAAACAAGAAGCUCGAAACCUCCAGGGAAUAAAAGACGCUUUGCAGCAAAGGCUAGCUCAACAGGAUGCUUCGGUUCUUCAGCUAAAGCAGGAAUUGCUCAGAGCAAACAUGGACAAGGAGGAGUUGCACAACCGGAAUAUUGACCUUCAGAGGAAGGUUGAAGAGAGAAACCGGCUACUGGCAGAAUACAAGAAGGAACUGGGCCAGAAGGAUCGCCAUUUACAGCAGCAUCAGACCAAACUGGAUGAAAUGCUUAGGCAGCUUUCAGAAGCCAGCUACCAGCAGGUGGAUUUGGAGCGGGAGCUGGAGCAUAAGGAAGCCCUGCUGGCCCAGUGUAUGAAGAGAGAAGCUGAGGAGGCGAUGGGCUACAGCAGUCACAGUGCUCAGAGCAAUGGCUUGCUCCAGACGGCAGGAAAAGGAGCUGCUCCCACAGCCCACCGAGGGACAAAUGACUUGCAGCUGGUCCGUGAUGCACUUCGCAGCUUAAGGAACAGUUUUAGUGGGCAUGACCCACAGCACCACACCAUUGACAGCCUGGAGCAGGGCAUCUCCAGCCUGAUGGAACGGCUGCACCGUAUGGAGACACAGAAGAGGCAAGAGAGAAGGAUUCGAGCGAAGUCACCGGCAAAUAGAGCAGCAAAUGAGUACAGAGAUUCCUGGCCUCCCAACUCCAAACUGCCUCACUCACACAGCACGCCCGCAAUGAGCACCAGUGCCUGCACCAAAGUGUUGUACUUUACUGACCGUUCCCUCACACCUUUUAUGGUCAACAUACCAAAGAGGUUAGGGGAAGUGACGCUGAAGGAUUUUAAGGCAGCCAUUGAUCGUGAAGGAACCCACCGGUACCACUUCAAAGCUCUGGAUCCAGAGUUUGGCACAGUUAAGGAGGAGGUAUUCCAUGAUGAUGACAUCAUUCCUGGUUGGGAAGGGAAAAUUGUGGCCUGGGUAGAAGAAGACCAUGGGGAGAAUUAACCGUUAGGCCCUUUCACUGUGGGGAACUGUAAGUGGCUGAUGAGCUCAAAGAAUGACCAAAAAGUGUGUGUCCCAGGAGUGCAA